CUAUUUGAAUGAGAAGGUGUGUCCAAACUUUAGGUCUGUACUGUGUGUUUUGGGUCAUUGUCAUGCUGGAAGACCCAUUCAUGACCCAUCCUCAUCCAGGAUUUUAUAGUACCUGUACAUGGCUCCGUCCAUUUGCACCCUCAAUGCAGUGAAGUCGUCCUGUACCCUUAACAGGAAAACAGCCCCAAAGCAUAAUGUUUCGCCCUUGUGUUUGACUGUAGACAUGGUGUUCUUGAGGUCAUAGUCAGCAUUUCUCUUCCUCCAAACACAGUGAGUCGCGCUAAUGACGAAGAGUUAAAUUUUGCUCUGAUCACAGCACUUCUGACCAAACCUUCUUUCAAUCAUGUAGGUGUUAUUUGGUAAACUUUAAACAGGUCUGUACAUGUGCCUUCUUGAGCAGGGGGACCUUGCAGGCGCUGAAGGAUAGUGUAGUUCGGGGCUGAUCUCUCACCUUUCUCAUGAUCAUCCUUACCCAGUUAGAGAUGAUCUUGCACAAAGCUCCAGACCGAGGCCCAUUGAUGGUUAUUUUGUAUUUCUUCCAUUAUCACAUAAACGCACCAACAGUUGUCACCUUCUCACCAAGCUUCUUGCUGAUGGUCUUGUAGCCCAUUCAAGCCUUGUGCAGAUCUACAAUCUCUUCUCUGACAUCCUUUGACAGCUCUCAGGUCUUGCUCAUGGUGGUGGGAGAGGUUGGAAUGGAAGAUACAGAUUGUGUGGACAGGUGUCAUAUACACCUAAUGAGCUGAACAUUAGGAGUAACUUCUUAAAGUGACAGGACUAAUCUGUGUUCACAUGGGCACAUAACCAAUCUGUGGGAGACAGAAUUCUUGCUGGUUGGUAGGGGAUCAAAUACUUAUAUCACUCUGCAAUUCAAAUCAAUUUCUAACCUUUAUAUGAUAUGUUUUUUUCUGGAUUUUUUGUUUAAUAUUCUCUAAACGUAAAAAGAAAACCUACUAUAAAAAUGACACACCCUUCAUUUGUAAGUGGGCAAACUUACAAAAUCAGCAGGGGAUCAAAUAAAUAUUCUCCCCACUGUAUGUUCGUUCAACCUCUGUUCUGUCAACCUGCAUAGAAUCUGGUGGUAAAGCGUUGAUUUUAAGUUUUAGGCUACAUAUUGAACCUGUCACUUACUUUUUUCAUCCGCUUAUGCAUUUCCUUUAUGUACUGUUUUUAAUCAGGACUGUUACAUAGAAUACGUCUUGUGUAUUCCUAUUUUAUAUACGUUACUGCAGCUUCCUUCUGUUUUUACACUCUGUCAAGUAUGUCUUUUCUUUGUGUGCUUUCUGUGAUGUACAUGUUUCAUAUAUGUUUAUGGCUGAGCUCAUAAUCUCUUCACAGCAUGAAUGUUAGUGUUUUCAAACAUGUUUCACAAGUGUAUGAAGAGAGAAUGUCUGAGUGAGACUGUUGGAGAGAGUAUCAGGAAUGGAGAGAGAGAGCAAGUAUGAAGAAGAGGGGGAGGGAGUGAGGGAAAAGAGCACCGUGUAUGUGUAUACGCUUGCUUGAGCCAGAGAGAGAAAGAGAGAAAGAGAGGGGAGUGGGGGAGGGGAAAGCAGAGAGAGAGGAAAAAGAGAGCACACAUACACAGAGAACAGAGAGAGAGUGCAAGAAACACAGAGGAGAGAGUGUCUGUUCUGGUACAGACAACAUAUAAUGUAUGAAGGGGAGGGCAGGGGAUGAAUUCGAACCUGUGACUCUGCCUCAGGAUGAGAUCUCUCAAACACCUGAAGCCACAGACCAAGAAGAAUGUGGAGGAGAAGACACAGCGGCUGGUCAGAUGUUACUCUGAGGCCAUGCACCAGCAGAUGGACGCAGGGACACAGACAGACCCUGUGGUGGUCCUGUCACUGGCCCAAGCUGCUGUGUUGGGACUCAUCUCCCAGAACGAGGUCUUUGGCGCCACCAUCGCCCCCAACGGCUUUUACACCGGAGACCCCAAAGAAUCCCCCGCUCUGCCAGGUGAGAGAAUGGACUACGAGUAUGCCGACCAGCUUAUAGGCGCCAACGGUGACUAUCUUGGUGAGAAUUUGGGCGAGGAGGGGCACAUGCAUUCAAGCUGUGCUGAGAGGAGGUGGCAGGGGCAACCCGAGAACAGCAAACCCACUAUAGGGCACCAAGACAUGGUAUCGCAUGUUAAAGGAGAGGUCAUGACUCCAUGUUUGCCCUCCUGCACUCACAUGAUGAACAACAUGGUGCCCAGAGAAGGCAUGCAAAUGGUUGACCCCUCAAGCUACAGGGUCCUGCCCAAAGUCCAGCUCAAUAACUGCAGCUCCACCUGUGUCCGAGACCCCAAGAGUACGCAUCCCGCACCCGAUCCACAUUUACACCCCCAUUCACAUGCCCACAGCCACGCACCUCAUGAAGUACCUUCACGCAACACGGGCCACACACAUGAAAAAGGAGUAGAUGAGGUAACCGAGCACAGGGACAAUGGGAGAAAUGGCAUGGUGAAGGCAGGAACCGGCGGCGAGGAAAUUAGCAGCUACUUUCAGCCGAGCGAGGUCGCCUAUGAAGGUGGCGAGAUGGAAGGGGUUGGAGACUUCGAUGAGAACAGUGAGGGGAUGUUCUGGACAGAGCCAGUAGAAGGAGAGGCACCUCGCGGCCGCCGUAUCGACCGACUGGAUAUCAACAUCCAGAUCAACGAGUCAUACUGCGUGGACGUUGGCGAGGGCCUGAAGCGCUGGAAGUGCCGCAUGUGUGAGAAGUCGUACACUUCCAAGUACAAUCUAGUCACGCACAUCCUGGGCCACAAUGGCAUCAAGCCACACGCGUGUCCACACUGCGGCAAACUCUUCAAGCAGCCCAGCCACCUACAGACUCACCUGCUGACGCAUCAGGGCACACGGCCACACAAGUGCACUGUGUGCAAGAAGGGCUUCACCCAGACCAGCCACCUGAAGCGACACAUGCUGCAGCACACAGAUGUCAAGCCCUACAGUUGUCGUUUUUGUCGCCGUGGUUUCGCAUACCCCAGUGAACUCCGUGCUCAUGAAGUAAAGCAUGAACGAGGUCGGUGCCAUGUUUGCUCGCAGUGCGCCAUGGAGUUUCCCACCUACGCCCACCUGAAGCGUCAUCAGGUGAGCCACCAAGGACCAUCCACCUUCCAGUGUAGCCAAUGCAACAAGUCGUUUGCCUACCGCAGUCAGCUGCAGAAUCACCUGCUGAAGCACCAAACGCAGCGCUCUUUCUCCUGCAGUCAGUGUGGCCUGCAGUUUCUUCAGCUUCAUCUGCUUCGCCAACACUCCCUCACACACAAGACAAACAAGCCUCAGGCCCGGGCUACCAAGGGAACAAAGGGGUUUAAGUGUGAUGUAUGUGCCCGAGAGUUUACAUUGUCUGCAAACCUGAAGAGGCACAUGUUAAUCCAUGCCAGCAUCCGGCCGUUCCAGUGUCAUGUGUGCUUCAAAUCUUUUGUCCAGAAACAGACCCUUAAAACGCACAUGAUUGUACACCUGCCUGUGAAACCAUUCAAGUGCAAGGUGUGCGGAAAGUCAUUUAACCGAAUGUACAACCUUCUGGGCCAUAUGCACCUCCAUGCAGGCAGUAAACCCUUCAAGUGUGCAUACUGCUCGAGUAAAUUUAACCUCAAGGGAAAUCUUAGCAGGCACAUGAAGGUCAAACAUGGCAUGGAUGUCUCUCCAGAUGGGCAAGAUGUUCCACCAGACAUGGAGUCCCAUGAGGAGUAUGAGGAUGAGAACUUCAAUUUUACAGCACCAGAGAACAUGGAAAAUAAUGAUGCGCCAAACCUAACUAAGCUCUCUGAAGUGGCCAUCCAGGAACUUGACUAUUAUAACUUUGGGAAGGAUGUGGGAAACUACAGUACAGCCUAAAAAAACUGUUUGAAUUUAAGUCCAGCUGAAUAAAUAAAGCAACAAAUGGCUUGUGCUGGCACUUGUCAACCAUGAGUUGACUGAGAUAUUCCUCAAUGAGAACCACAGCUCACUUUUUUGCAGUUGUUAAUGAGCAAAUAGUUGGGAGGCCAUCUUGACCUCCUGGGGUUGAUCUCACGGGGUAGGGCACUCCAGAUCUGUCUCUAAUGAAACAGACUGAUAGUUUUGCAGAGUCCUUUGACUCCUUCCAGUUCAAACAAACAUUGAUAAGGUAUUUUUAGUAUGUUCUGGAUCACAUUGUUACAUUUAAUACCAAAUACAUUAGCAUCAUAAAAUACAGGUCCAUACACAUCUAGUCUUGUGUUAAGUAAUACACACAAUCGCCAAUAUACUGUAUAAUUUUGGUUGGGAAUAUGGGAAUAGAAGGUGCAUGCAGCCUUGUGGCCUUCAUCGGUUUGGUACCUCAAAGCAACUUAUUUUAUUUCACACAGCCUUCACUUACUGUAUCUCUUAGAAAAAAAACAAAAAAACAUGUAAGGCCCAUGUUAAUGGUUGGAUAUCUGCUUGAGAUAGGCUUGUGUGUGCCUGGGCCCGGUGUAAGCUAUUGCUCUUUGUCUGGUACAGGACCAUAUGCUGCUCAUUCCUGAGCACCACUGCUGUAGCCAGAACUAAACUUCAUCUAAAGUUUGGAUUAACAACCUCUGAGUGGAGAAUUACUGUUCCGUUCUAUUGAUUUGCUGUUUAUUUUGCACUUUGAAAAAGCCAAUUAAUUACUUUUGAUGAGCCUGUUUCAUCACUGACUGUUUGAGUUCUGUUAUAAUUAAAAUAGAUAUUAAGUUAAAUAAACUUGUUUUUGAAAGUUA